AUGAAUAGCAAUCAAUCAUCUCCCGAACAUUCACUAACAAAGCGAAAUAGCAGGGUCGCUUCUACUUAGGAGUUACACAUGCCCAUCAAAGAUUGGAUUUCACAUUUAGCUAAUUUAGAAGAUUAGGAUUAAAUUCUUGAAUAUUUCGAAACAUAUAAACCUCAAUCCAAUACUUUUGAUAUGAACGAGCUCAAAAAUAACUCUAAUUUAAGAAUUAAAAGAUAUAAAAAUUGCAUUUAUUAUGGCAUUAUACUUGAAGGAUUAAGAGAAGGCAAAGGUAUAUUAUGUUAUUACAAUGGAAGAAUAUAUGAAGGUGAAUGGAAAAAUGAUAAAAAACAUGGAAAAGCUACAGAAAUUUAUUAAAACGGUGGAAGAUACUUUGGAAACUUUGCAAAUGGGAAAAAAAAUGGCAAAGGAUAAUUUAAAUGGGUAAAUGGUGAGAUAUAUGAUGGAGAAUGGAAAGACGGUACUAAGCAUGGAUCAGGAUUAUGGAAAGGAAUUAAAGGUGAUUCUUAUAUUGGAGAAUGGAAAGAAGGAAAAACAGAUGGAUUUGGUGUACAUACCUGGAUUAAUGGUGAUAGAUAUGAGGGAGAAUUCAAAUAAUGUUUGAAACAUGGUUUAGGAACUGAAAGGUUUGCAAACGGAGAUGUAUAUAUAGGAAACUAUGAAUAUGGAAAACCUGAAGGAUAUGGAGAGUAUUAUUGGAGUGUUGGAAACUUUUAUAAAGGUUAUUUUGUUAAUGGUCUAAGACACGGUAGGGGUAUUUGGAAAGCUGUAAAAGACGGUGGUGAUUGCUACGAAGGAGAAUAUAGAAAUGAUAAAAAGUGUGGGUACGGCGAGUAUAAAUGGGGAACUGGUAAUAUUUAUAAAGGGAACUUUGAAAAUGAUCUAAGACAUGGAUACGGUGAAAUGUAUUGGAAGGAUGGUUCAGUGUACAGAGGCUAUUGGAUGAAUGGUCUGUAAGUAGGAGAAAUUAAAGAAGAUUUAAAUGAAAAUAAUUCAAGCAGACUUGUAGACGAGUAAAUGGACAAUUAAUAAAUGCAACAUUAAAGAGAAGGCGAUGAUUAUUUGAAUAUACCACCUGAUAAAUAAAAAAGUAGUGCUACUUUAACAGAUAAUUAAAGUUAUAAGUCACCAAUACAAAAAUCCUAAAAUACAACUCAAUUAACACUCCCAAAAAUAAAUGGGUCAUAAUAUGGUAGCAACUAUAGUGGAAAUAAACCUAAAAGAUUGAUAUCACUCAGUCCUGAAAAAUAAUCAUAAAAAGUAUUACCUAAAUUGGAGUGUUAAACUUGUGCUAAUAAGAGAAUUUGCUCUGCCUCUAACCACAACAUGAUACCCUAAAGAAAUGCAUCUCUCUCGUAUAAAAGAAAUAAUAAUGGUAACCUAUCAAGUAGAAGAAAGGAUUUAAGUAUAGAUUAAAUUUCCACAAACUAUUAGAGUCCUAGGGACAAUAGUAAUAGUAGAAGUAAUUCAAGUAGUCGUAAAGCUAUAUGGAGACCUUCUGGAGUAGCUCAGCACUUCAAUCCUGUAGGAUUUGAUUUAAACGCUAAAAAUCACAUUUAAAGUAAAUAUAACAGGCUUUGA